AUGCUACAAGGAAUUUUCGGUCUAGUCGGCAUAUAAGUAGCGCGUCGAUUCGACGUGACAUUUAAUUUUCAGACAGCGGAGUACAUAGCGGAUACUUGGUCUGAAACACAUCUCAAAGUGAUAUAUUGACGUUGAACCUAGCAACGAACAGCGCGAAAUGUCGUCAGGCGUUAUAGAUAUCCUUGUAGACAUGGGUUUCAGCAUAUCCAAAGCUGAGAAAGCUUUGGAAAUCACCGGUAAUAAAGGCGUGGAACCAGCGAUGGAAUGGCUGCUAGCCCAUUCAGAUGAAGCUGAACCAGCACCUGAACCUUCCAUAGGGGAGAGUGCUCCAGCGCUAGCUGCUGACACACCAAUACAGGACAAUGUUGCUAGUGCUAGCAAUCAAUUGGUAUCCACCACUGAGACAGCUAAAUCCAUGAAAUGUGAUGUAUGUGGAAAGCUGUUCAAAUCCAAUUUGGAAAUUGAAUUUCAUGCUACAAAGUCUGGGCAUGAUAGAUUUUCUGAAAGCACAGAAGAAAAAAAACCACUUACUGAAGAAGAAAAGAGAGAACAACUGAAAAUGUUGGAAGAAAAAUUAAGACAAAAGAGAAAGGAGAGAGAGGAACAAGAAAAGAAAGAUGCGCUUGAAAGAGAAAAAAAUAGGAUACGAUCAGGAAAGGAAAUGUCUGAAGCUAGGAAAAAAUUGGAAGAACUAGAAAUGAAGAAGCUCUUAGAGCAAAGAAAACGAGAGAAGGCAGAAGAAAAAGAAGCAAGAGAAAGAGUUAGAGCACAAAUUGAAGCUGAUAAAGCAGCAAGACGAGCCAAAGCAACUGCUGAAAAUAAUCAGUCAGUUAAUACAGCUUCAGCUUCUUUAUCUGCAAUUACUUCAUCCACAUCUACGCAUCAUAGAAAGGAUUACACUGAAACUAGGAUUCAGCUUAGGCUUACUAAUGGACAAACUUUGACACAAAGUUUUGGAAGCAAAGAACAGUUGUCUGCUGUGAGACUGUUUAUUGAAAUGAAUAGGACGGAUGGUAAUGGCUCUUUUCAACUAAUGACUACUUUUCCCAAGAAAGUAUUCACAGAUGAAGAUUAUGAUACACCAUUAGAUGUAUUAGGCCUGGUACCUUCAGCAGUCAUAAUCGUCCAAAAGAAGAUGGAAUGAUGUAACCAGUGAUGUCCUAAUUUGUAAGCAAAAAAUGUAUAUUAUCAUACAGAUUAAUUAUAAGACAUUCAUGCUAAUAUAAUGAUAUUCUUUAUUAUAAAUAAUCGAUAAUCUUAUCUGCAAUAUGC